AUGAAUUCAAUCCGUACUGCACCAACGAAAAAUACACAUGCCACAUGGGUGUACGCCGUACGCUUCGACCUCAGCUGCAUAAGUUUAGCUAAAAACAGAAAAGAAAGUAAUUGGCAAUACAACAAAACGGUUUUUGGGUUAGAUCGGACUACGAUCAAUCAAACAGGAACGACCGACGAAAAUCAGACGAAUAACGUAGAGGCAUUUGGCACCGCCUUCUACAUAUACGAACGGUCAACAAUACAGACUUUAGAUGGCGGCGAAAGGUUUAGACUGACUUGUACACUACGAACUUCUUUAAAGUUUCAAUAA